AUGUCUGACUUUUGGCCAACCAAGUACAUUGGCCACCUGGUGGUGCAGCCCGCCGAUGCACGUCUAGACCCACCCGAGAGCUAUCUUUUCGUCCAAGAUGGUCUGAUUAUCUCCUGCGGAGUGAUCUAUGCCCUUUUCUAUGCCUUCAGUAUGAUGCGGGUGGUCAAAGAUGGUGUUUUGCCCGGAUCAAUGAAAUACCUAUCUUUGACAUUGGCGUAUGAGAUAUACUACGCAUUUGCAACGACAUCAACGCGACUGGAGAGAAUAUGCUUUCUUGUUUGGUCUCAGCUGGAUUUCGUAUUUGCCGCGCUUACUCUCUGGCAUGUCCAUGGUCCCGAUCAACGAAAGCGGAUCGCUGGGGAGAUGCUUGUGUACUGUGUCGCAGCUAUAGCAGGGUUCAGAUACUUGGGAUAUCUAUUCCCGGACGACCGCGAGCAGAUUACAGCUUAUUGGACUGGUAUACUCUUGCAGCUUCCGGUUGGGUGGGUGUUUGCUUAUAGGCUAGUGAAGGAUCGGUCUCUGCUGGGCCAUUCACUUGAGAUAUGGCUUGUGCGAUAUUUGGGUUGUUUCACGGCGUAUGGUCUUUUCAUAUGGCGGUAUCUCAACGUCCCUCGAGACUGGGAGUAUGUCAGAUCGUUUUGGAGCAUUGCGAUUAUGGUGGCAACUCUUGUUCCGGAGACAGUGUAUCCUUUUCUAUAUGUUUGGGUAUUCAAUCAGAGCAAAAGAAAGGUCAAGACAGGUUAA